UGCGAGGCGGGCUCUCGGUGGUGCGGCCGGCGGGCGGCUAUGGCGGCCGUACGGGGCCUGCGAGUGUCGGUGAAAGCUGAGGCCCCAGCGGGGCCGGCCCUGGGCCUCCCGUCGCCUGAGACGGACUCUAGUUUGGAGCGUGGCGAGCCGGAGCCCAUGGAGGUGGAAGAGGGCGAGCUGGAGAUUGUGCCGGUGCGGCGCUCACUGAAAGAACUGAUCCCGGACACAAGCAGAAGAUACGAAAACAAGGCUGGCAGCUUCAUCACUGGAAUUGAUGUCACCUCCAAGGAAGCAAUUGAAAAGAAAGAACAGCGAGCCAAGCGCUUCCAUUUUCGAUCAGAAGUAAAUCUUGCCCAAAGAAAUGUAGCCUUGGACCGAGACAUGAUGAAGAAAGCAAUCCCCAAAGUGAGAUUGGAGACAAUCUACAUUUGCGGAGUAGAUGAGAUGAGUACCCAGGAUAUCUUUUCCUAUUUUAAAGAAUAUCCUCCAGCUCACAUUGAAUGGUUGGAUGAUACCUCCUGUAAUGUUGUCUGGCUGGAUGAAAUGACAGCCACACGAGCCCUUAUCAAUAUGAGCUCUUUGCCAGCCCUGGAUAAGAUAAGAAGCAGGGAUGCCAAUGAGGACAGGUCAUCUGAGAAAAGUAAAAAAGACAAGCAGGAAGACAGUUCAGAUGAUGAUGAGGCCGAAGAAGGAGAAGUUGAAGAUGAGAACUCCAGUGAUAUAGAGUUGGACACAUUGUCUCAAGUAGAAGAAGAGUCUCUGCUAAGAAACGAUCUUCGUCCAGCUAACAAACUUGCUAAAGGAAAUAGGUUAUUCAUGAGAUUUGCUACAAAAGAUGACAAAAAGGAACUUGGAGCAGCCAGAAGAAGUCAGUAUUACAUGAAAUACGGGAAUCCAAAUUACGGAGGCAUGAAAGGAAUUCUUAGUAAUUCUUGGAAGCGAAGGUAUCAUUCCCGUCGCAUUCAGCGGGAUGUGAUCAAGAAGAGAGCCCUGAUUGGGGAUGACGUUGGCUUGACGUCCUAUAAACACCGACAUUCCGGACUAGUAAAUGUUCCGGAGGAACCCAUUGAAGAGGAGGAAGAGGAGGAGGAGGAGGAGGAGGAAGACCAGGACAUGGAUGCAGAUGACAGAGUGGUGGUAGAGUACCACGAGGAGCUCCCAGCUCUCAAGCAGACCCGGGAGCGGAGCACAUCGAGGCAGUCCAGUGCCAGCAGUUCAGACUCCGAUGAAAUGGACUAUGAUCUAGAACUGAAAAUGAUUUCCACUCCUUCACCAAAGAAAAGCAUGAAAAUGACCAUGUAUGCUGAUGAAGUGGAAUCUCAGUUGAAAAAUAUUAGGAACUCCAUGAGGGCAGAUACUGUAUCCACAAGCAAUAUCAAAAACCGAAUCGGUAACAAGUUACCGACUGAGAAAUUUGUAGAUGUCCGACAUCUGUUAGAUGAAAAACGUCAGCACACACGUCCACGGCCACCAGGCAGCAAUACUAAAUCAGAUAUACGCCAGCGGUUAGGAAAAAGACCAUAUUCUCCAGAAAAGGCUUUUAGUAGUAACCCAGUCUUUCGGAGAGAGCCUUUUUCUGAUGUACAUAGUAGACUGGGUGUUCCCAGGCAAGAUGUUAAAGGCCUCUACUCUGAUACUCGGGAGAAGAAAUCAGGUAGUUUAUGGACUCGCUUAGGAUCUGCACCCAAGACCAAAGAAAAGAACACGAAGAAGGUGGAUCACAGAACACCGGGCACUGAGGAAGACGACUCUGAGCUGCAAAGGGCAUGGGGGGCUCUGAUAAAGGAGAAAGAACAGUCUCGCCAAAAGAAGAGCCGCUGUUACCAGCACCCUUUUCCCAAGAAAAGUCAAUUCCCAGGUGCUUAUUGGACAGCCUUCGAGGGGGAAGAUGAGGGAAGCUGCCAGCUCACCCUUCCAGGACCCUAGUGUCGGGGCCGAAUCUCAUGGACCUGACUACAGAGGUGCACCAGUGCCGCCCAGGUAGAUAAGAGAUGCAGCGUCGAUCGUGCUUCCAUUCCUUCCUGGGGAUUUCUGUUAGGGGCCUCUUCGUAGCAAUCAGCUUGAAGUGAAGAUCAAGUUCAGUGCUGUGGGAUUUUUAGGAACAAAAAACUGUGACUUCUGGAUUUGGGGUGGACUUUUGUGCUAGGGGUGGGGUCAUGGGUUAAUGUUGAACAAUUUUUAAGUCUGUAUUAUGUUUAAAAAUAUUAAUGAUUUAAAAGUUAAAAUUUUUAAUUUUUAUAUGUGAAAAUACUUCCUGUUGGCUACAAGGGAAGCUCAAGUGGUGUCUUAUGUGUGCUGUUAAAUAUAUAUUAUAUACUUUGGAAGAAGGCAAAGAGAGGAGUCUCAUUAUUUUUAAAUGAUCCUAAUUGUAUAGUCUGUCUGUUGUAUAUAGAAUUCAACUUGUUUUUUGGCCACUGUAGGAAAAAAAAAUCCAUCCAUCAGAGAUGGGGUCCUGUUGUUUAUGAUCACUUCAGAAGUGAUACGUUGGUAUUUAUUCUAUUUCCAAGUUCUGGCACCUGAAGUUAUCUUUAAAACUGGCUAAUAAGAUCAUAGUUAUGGAAAUUUUAGUUUGUUUAUUUCUUGUUUAUUUCUAAACUCCUUUCAGAUUGUUUUAAAGGCAGUAGAUUAUUUUGUCUUCCUGUUUGAUCUCUAUCUUGAAGUAUUUAAUGUUUAUAUUCCUUUGCAGGCUUAAAAAUAGUGUUUCUCUUCAAUUCACUAGAAUUUAGGAGUUAGAGAUUAUAAACCUUUGUCCCUUUGUGAUGUCACAGCUCUUCACCUGUCUGGCGUGUUUCAGUACCUAGUGUAGCCCUGGAUUCUAGAGAUCUUUACUUGUGGCUGAGCUGAUGGUCGCAUUGAUAGUUGAUUACAGUAUGGUAUGAUUGAAUGCAGAAUGCUGCUGCUAAUAAAGAAAAUAAAGGGCUGUGGGACUUAAGAGCUGCAACAGUUGUACUGUACCAUGUUUUGUUGGUUAACGUGCUUUUUUCACUCCCUUUAGAAAGAUCGGAGCCUGUAACUAUUGUAUGUUUCUGCUUCCUGAUAGGAUUCUGGGAAAGAGAUGGUUCUCUGCCAGUUGAGACCUAAUGUUUCUGAAGUUUCUCAGCUAUUUUGGUCCUGUGAAGCACACAGCUGAAAGCCAGGUUCUUGAGAAGGGGCAAGGUUUAGGGAGUUGGUAGAAUGAGAAGGACAAGGACCUGAGAGUCAGAGACCCGGGUGCCAACUCCUGGUUCUGUCCACGGGCCUGGGCCUCAGUUUUCCCAUCUAGCAACUGAAUGGGCUGGUACCACAGCUUCUGACUUCAUUGGUGCAUCUCUGUGGUGUUUUUACUCUUCCUGAAGCAAUGGUUGUGGUGGGCUGGCCAGCCCUGGUUUCUGUUACAGGUGUGGGGUAGGUCAAAGAGACAGUUGAGGGUUGUGACACCAUGAGGUUGUGGACAAGGAUUCACCCCCAUCCCUUUUCCAUUACAGUCUGUGGGUCUUCAAGCAUGACAAAGAUGUCCUUGUGGUCAGGGUCCUAACUGAUGUGGUCUCAGCAGUGUUCAAGAAAUGCCCUUCUUUAUGCUUCUGUGUUUCCCAGUCAUGACCUUUUCCACCAGUAGUUCAGGCCCAUCUGUCCCAUGACCUUAAGCCCUUGCCAGUCUCCUUUUAGAGAUCAGGGAAGGCUUUCUGGGAGGGUGGUGGUGGUGUAUAGUGAAAACUGGACUUUUGAUCUAACCAAGAAAAAUGCCCGCGUGAGCAGCCUUGCAAUCCUUACAAAUACACAGAACCAGAAAAGUAUCUUAAAGAUUUUAUUUCCCCAAGUUAUGGUUGGUCACCUCCUGUUUCACUCUCCAGCCUACACUCAGGCACUCAGAUCUUGAAACAUCUUACAGGGGUUUGAAUGCCCAGGCCCUCUCUUUGGAGUUUGGGAGUGGGGGUGGAUAGUCAGGAUGGUCCCCUAGUGGCAGCUCAGCGUGCCUGGGUGCUCCUUAUGCAUGUGGGCAGGAGAGCUACACAUUUUUCUGUAUUCUUCUUAGUCUUUACACAUGAGAUUUCAAAUACGUUUUGCUGCCUGAUAGUAAUUGCAGAUACCUCAUUUCUGUGCCCCCACUCUCCCUCUUGGGAGACACACCAGCUACCCAGGAGAACUUGUGGAACCCGUGACAAGCGCUCCUCUGGCCUCUAGUCUGGUCCCAUGAAAUCUUCCCCUUAGUUCAGUCACUAUCUUCUCCUGCUCUAUCCCUGUAGCAGCCUCCUCCCCGGUCUCUGGCCCGUACCCCAUCCCUUCCUCUGUUAUGUGCACUGCAGCUGGGAUAAACUUUCGUUGUCUUUUGCAGCUUUACUGAGAUAUUAUUUACAUAGCAUACAGUUCCCUCUUCUGUAGUAUACACUUCAGGGGCGCCUAGCCAGCUUAGUUGGUAGAGCAUGUGACUUUGAUCUUAGGGUUGUGAGUUCGAGCCCCACGUUGGAUGUAGAGGUUACUUAAAAAUACCUUUAAAAAAACAGUAUACACUUCAGUGGCUUUUAGUCUAUUCACAGAAUUGUGCAACCAUCACCAUAGUCAAUUUUAGAACAUUUUCAUCACCCUAAAGAAACCCAGUACCCAUUAGCAGUCACUCUCCAGUCCCUUUUCCCACCCUGGCAACCACUACUUGUUGUCUGUAUGGAUUUGCCUAUUCUGAACAUUCAUAUAAAUGGAAUCAUACACUUUGUGGUGAUGUGUGAUUGGCUUCUUUCACUAAACAUAUUUUCGAGGAUCAUGGUGUAUUGUAGUAUGUGUCAGUACUUCUUUUUAUUAACGAAUGAUAUUCCAUUGUAUGAACAGUACAUUUUAUUUAUCCGUUCACCAGUCGAUGGUCAUUUGAGUUAUUUCCAUUUUUGGCUGAUAUGACUAAUGCUGCUAUGGAACAUUUAUGUUCAAGUUUUACGUGGUGAUGUUUUCAUUACUCUUGGGUUAUAUACCUAGGAGUAGAAUUGCUGGGUCAUAUGGUAACUCCGUCUUCACCUUUUGAAGAAUUGCCAGACUGUUUUCCCAAGUGGCUCCAUCAUUUUCCAUUUUUCCCAUUAGCGUAUAAAGGUUCCAGUUUUUCCGCAUCUUCAUCAACACUUGUUAUUUUGCAGUGUGAAUUGGUGUCUCAUUGUGGUUUUGAUUUGCAUUUCCCUGAUGACUAAUGAUGUUGGGCAUCUUUUCAUGCACUUCGGAAUGAACUUUCUUAAAGUUAUUCCUGUUAUUCCUCUGCUUAAAACCUUUCCAGGCUUCACUGUUGCACUUGGAAUAAAUUCCAAACUACUGUGGUAGCUCACAAGGCUCGUGUUCUCAUCCUCCCCUGCCCUUGUGCCCACAAGUUCCCUGGACCCACCUUGAUCUCACCAGCCUUUCAAACUCUGCUCGGUGCUGUUCUUCUCUAGCAGUGACGCGCUCCCCCUGGACCUUUCUCUCUCCCAUCUGAGCCUUGCCUUCUCUUUUGCUCAUCUUCAAGGACUUAGAGACCCCUCCAGGAGGCUACCUCCCAACUUCCAGAGCCAGAUUAUGGGCCCUUGCUAUGUAUCCCACAGUACUGCCUUGGACGAGACUCGGCUCAUUCCACGGUUGGGUUAUACAGUCACACCUAAGAUAAAAAUGGAGUGUAAUCAAAAUUCCUCUUGGAAACCCUGAGUAAGGUGCCAUGUUGAAAACCGGCAUCGAAAGAUCCAGCACAGUUGGUUCCUUCCUGUGUGGGAAUACAUCAGAGUUUCUUUGGUUGAGCUCCAGAUAAAAUGGUUGGCCUGCAAUUAGGGCCAUAUUGUGCAAAAAUACCCACAUAUUUUUAGGUGUUGGACUUACACUUAGGCAAGCAGCUCACUUUUGAAAGGGCUCUUGGGAACUGUAACAGGCCACAAGGAGCGGCAGGGGCACAAGCUUGCCUUAGGCCCUCCAGCCGGUCUGUUCAGUGAGUGGAGGCGCCCGUGAAAUGGCGCAAAUGACUUAACAUUGUUUUCCUUUUUCCUUGUCUUUUUUUUUUAACUUUUCAGAAAAAUACACCAUUGUGUUUGCCUAAGUGAAAUGUGUGUAUGAUGCCAAAUCUCUGUACCCGUCCCCACCCCCCGCCCCGAGUCAGCACACCUAUAUGCUGAAUUGUAAUACCCUGAUCCUACUUUGUCUUUUUUGCUAGAUUGUAAGCUCUGUGAGAGCAGAGACCAUGUCUGGUUUGUUCAUGGGGGUUUCUCCAGUCUUAGAACAUGUCUGGCACCUGGUAGGUCGUCCGGAAACAUGUGGUGAAUGUAUAAAUCCUUCAGCUGCAGGAACAGCUCCAUUUUCUGAGGCCCUGGGGUCCUAUUACAGGCUAGUCCUUGUUUUCUGCCCUGUACACAUAAUACUUGAUGUUCAUGUUUUAUUUUCCCUGUUAGCCUGUGAGCUCCUAACGAGCAGGUGUCUUCAUGUUGUUAUCUCUGUGUCCUCCCACCAUGCCAGUUCAGAGUAAAUAGUACUUAAAGAGUGGUUGGUAAAUGAGUGAAUUACGGUAACAACCCAGCUCUGGCUCCUUUGUCUGCAAGCUGGUCAAAUUCUAGGUAAGACUACCAGAUUCAAAAAGAGGAAGAUGAUCCAGUAGUGCAUAAACUGUACUUGUAUAAGGGAAAAAAACCUCAUUAAUUCGAUCUCCAUAAAAUUCAAAUUUUGAUGAUCUGGCCAUAUCUGAGCUGAAGCUUACUUGCUGUGUAAAGAAUUUGUUAGAGAAUCGUGGAGGAUAUUUUUUAGAAAGCAUUCAUCUGCCCCAGGAGAGCAGGAAAGGAAGCUGGCCGGUGGAUGAGAGGCCCCAAAGAGGGAUUGCUGAGCCAGGUCUUAGGUGGGUCCUGUUGGAGAGGAAAGUGACAUCAGUCCAGAGAAGGUGAAGAGGAACCCCUUUUCGGGCAGUAGCUCUUUUGCCUCCAGCAGCCCUCCACCUCUCAGUCUGGGCAUUCUGAGAGUUAUGCUGAAGUGCCAGUGGGCAGUUUGGAUUCAUAUUAACAGCAGAUCAUGGCUUCACGGAUCAAUUCAUCGCUGCACAAAGAAAUUUGGUGUACGAGUAGUUGCUUUUAAACUUUAUAUAAUGGGAAACAAAUGAGAAGUUAAACCAUUUUUUUUCCUUUAAGAACUAAAAGUACAGAAUGUUUUUGAUAAUUUUGAGAAAAUCAGACUUGCCUCAAGGCAGAUUGUUAUUGCAUAAUCUGACCAACAGAAAUCCAGAACUUUUCUUACAUGUUUAUUAAAUAAAUCUUAGAAGAAAAAAUAUGGUAGCGUUUUUUAAAAAUGAAAUUCUAUGAACAUUUGAAAGGACUUUGAUGUUCCUGGGAACAUUUACGGAAAUGCUGGCUCAAAAGCCUAUUUCAGAUUGUGAGCACUAAAGUGGGACUUUCCUGUGCUAUAAAUAAAACUCAAGAGUAUGGGUGGUACUAACCUGCCAAAACCAGUAACCUGCCCUAGGCUUCUUACCUGUUUUUGUUUGAGCAAUUCUAGAGGCCCUCUCUGCAUGACCAGAUUCUUCAGUAGCUGAAACUUUGUGUUAUCUCCAGUUGUCUGUCACCCUCACCCCUGACUGGUGUAGGUUAGUUAGUGAAGGCAGGAGGCCCACACCAUUGGCAGGAGAGGAGACAUGACCUUUCUGUCCCUUCCUGGGUGUUGUGUGUUUACCUGUGUGACACAUCCCCUCUUGUCAUUGGCAAGGAUUAGAGGGCCUAUGAGCAGUAGGCAGCACUUUUAGCUCAAGUAGGGUGUCUUUUGGGGAGGGUCAAAUAGAGUGCCAGAGGCUGGGCCUGAAGCCCUGGGGACUCAUUUUGUCUCCCAUACAAACUGGAAAAGACUGAACAAAUCCCUUCACCUCUCUGGAUAUCAGUUUCUCUAUCUGUCAGAUGAAGGGCUCAACUGGGAUUGUCUCCUGGUUUCCUUGUAGUGCUAAUGUUGUGUUCUAGGAUCUUUGCUCUAGUUUUCCAAAGACCAUUAGGAACCUAAGUUGAACAGGAAGGAGGUAGAGGCGAGCAAGAGGCCCAAGUCCUUGGACCCUUGGUCUGUAAACCAACCCCUCAGGGAAAACCAAGAGGAUCCUCCUCCAUGCUCCCUCCCCAUUAAGCCCACCUUCCCCAACACACACACACACACACACACACACACACACACACACACCAUUCAGUGUUUUGGUUUUUUUAGGAGGUAGUCCACUGUAUUAGGUUGGGCUGCCAUAACAAAAUAUCAUAGACUGAGUGGCUUAAACAACAGAAAUUUAUUUUCUCACAGUCUAGAGGCUGAAAAGCCAAGAUCAGGAUGCUAGCAUAGGUCAGGAUCUGGUGAGGUCUCUUCUCGGCUUGUAGACAGACAUGGUGUCUUCACAUGGCCUUUCCUUGGUACAUGCACGUGGAGAGAGAGAUCUCUCUUCCUUUUCUAAGGCCACUAAGCCUAUUGAUUAAAGCCCUAUCUUUAUGGCCUUAAUUAUCUCCUUUAGGAUCUUUAGGCUCUAUCUCGAAUGUACUUACUCACAUUGGGGCGUAUGGCUUCAACAUGUGAAUUUGGCAGCUGGGAGGUGGGUGGUACACAAUUUAGUCCAUGACACCCAGUAAUGCAAAAAACCCAGGUUUGUGAAAUGUUUGUGAAAUGAGGUCUCUGCUUUUAAAAGCUCACAAACUGGGAAGGAUUUAGACCAAUGGAUGUGAGGGUAAUAGGGUUGUAGUGGUUCAGAGUCCUGGCUCUGGAGGACAUACACCUGUCUUGAGUCCCAACUCUCCACUUACUAGCCAUAUGGCCUUGGGCAAGUCACUUAACCUCUCCGAUCCAUCAUCCUCAUUUGGGAAAUCAGGAUAGCCAAGUAGGGUGGCUGUUAGGAUAAGCUGAGGGCCUUGCAUGGAAGGCCCUUGGCAUUGAGUCUGGCACUCCCUCCUUAGCACUCAAAUGGUAGUGAUUCCUACUGCUCUUCAGACUUCCCCUAGCUCCCUUUGCCAGCUCUGUCCUCUGCUGCAGUCCUGUCUUAAUAAGUCCUCACUUCCAAAUUCCCUCUUCCUAGCUUCCCAGGACUCAAGAAGGCCAAUGGGUAGUUAGAAACCUGUGCCUAGAGGCUAUGAGGAACAGCCCCGCAUCCACUGGUGAGUGCAGACAUCAGGAGCUUUUGACUCGCUCUCAAGGCAGAGCAGUUAGUUUUUUUACCUCUUGCUGAACAGAUCUUCUCUAUUCUCUUAACCUUUAAGACUUUAUUUUGAAAUAAUUCCAAAAUUACAGAAAAGUUUCGAGGGUAGGACAAAGAAUAUUUUGCCAUAUUUUAUCAUUCAUUCGUUCCCUUCUCCCCUCUGUCUCUGUGCCUUCCACCUUCCCCCCACUCCAUAGCUCCCCACCUCUAAAGCAUGAACUAUUUGAGAAUUAUUUGCAUACAUCCUGCCCCUUUACCCCUAAAUAUUUUAGUAUACAUUUCCUAAGAAUAAGGAUAAUCUCUCAUAUGACCAUGAUAUAGUUAUCAAAUUCAGGAAAUACGUUAUUUUAUCUGGUCAGUACAGUGAUAUCUAAUCUUUAGUUCAUGUUUCAAUUUUGCCAAUUAUCCCAAUAAGGUUUUUUAAAGCAUUUUUUUUUUUUUUUUUUCCUA